UAGUAUGCUCUAUUUUUAAAGAUAUGCAAUUUAAUAACCAACAAACCUCUUCUUCUGGUGGUCUUUGAUUUUAAUGAAAUCACUGUGCUGCAUGACACAUAAGAGUACACACAGAGUACACAUUCAUAAGCCAUUCUUGCAUUGUCUCAGCUGUGUGCUUAGGAUCACUGGGUCGCAUUCACUAAGCCUAAUUCACUAAAUUUCUGCAUGAAACCAGCGUACGAACGUUUUCACAAACAAAUCAUGAUUCACUAAAACUUUUGAAACAAUAUAGGAACAACUGAAAGCACAAGUACACAAAAAUCACACCGUGUCUGGACUUAAUAAUCUAUAUAUAGGCUGUAUCUGGGAAUGUGGGGUGAUUUGAGCCUGCGGGGAAGUUGAGCCACCCCUUGUUUCUAGACAACCUUAAACAAAAUUGGUGAUAUGACCACAAAUAUAUGAAGAGUUAUACGUUUCACUCGCCCGGUGAUAGAGAGAGGCCCGUGGAAUACUUGCUAACUACAUUUAGGUUCAAAAAAGCAAUUUUUUGCUGUUCAAAGUUAUUUUUGUAUGUUCAAGAGUGUUGUUUUUGGCAGCCUGUUUUAAUUCAGUCAACUAAAAGUCUGAGCAUUUUAGUCUUAUUUUAGUCAGAAUUAUCCAUGACUAUUUUAGUCGACGAAAACUGAUGACAUUUAGUCUAGUUUUAGUCAAUGAAAAUUGUAUUUUAGUCUCUUUUUAGUAAUGCAAUUCUAUUUAACCCAGUCAAUAUAGUAUAAAUACCUAGUAGUAUAGACGACACCAAAAUUUUCUUUUAGCCAAACCCAUUUCAAACAAGGUUAUCUUAUUAUAUUAUUGUUACCUUAUAGACUCAAGAAUACAUCCAUUCUUGAUUCAUUUUGUGGCUGCAUUUCUCCCCAUCUUUUUCCACAACACAUUCCAUUUUCUUUUCCACUUCUAUGUAAUGAAUUAAAGUCACAGUGCAUUGUUCUUGAUCAAAAUUGACCCGAUUAACAUUAAAAAUAACAAAUUUCACCAUAAAAUCAUGUAAGUGAUGCGUUUCGUGUUUCACAAUCACCAUAUGAAAAAAUAAAAUGCACGAAAACACAUCACUUCCACGAGUUUUUGCCCAAACUUCAAAGGUAUGUUAAAUUAAUAAAACUAGAGUCAUUUGUUAGCUUUAAUAUUACUUUUUCAAUUCAAUUAUUCAAUCCAAUUACACUUUAUUGUUGGAAUUCUUUCCAAAAUUUGUCUUGGAUCUCACAGCAUGUCUCACAUCAAUUCACAUUCAACAUCUCACAUCUAUUCCUCAUACAAAAUGUGAGAAGGUUCAGACAUAGGCACAUUUUUCAUGACAGGAUCGGGAAUUUUUCUUGAAAACUUGUUUAUCGUGUAAACUACAUAAUAUUAUUUACAUAUGUGUAUGGUACAGAGGGGAAGGGUCGCAUCACAGAGUAUGCUGGCCAUAUCAUACAUCAAAGCACAUGGCACAGUGUUCGGAGGAAAACGCUGGAAAAUAUCAUAUGACAGAAAUGACGCUUGUCUGUAUUGCAGUACAAGCCGCGGUUCAGUUGCGCAUGCUUCGCUCACGCUUGCGGUGUGAAACGGGCAUCAGACUUAACUUUGUUUGUCAUUAACAUUUCGUUUCGUCUCGUUUUGGUCAACGAAAAUGAAGAGACAUUUUAGCAUAGUUUUUAUUUUGUAAACCACAUUUAGUCUCGUUUUUAUUCGUCAACAAUAUUGCAUUAUACAUUUAACUAAAGUCAUCAUCACAUGACCAGCAUUUACGCUGCGUCUCGUCUCGUUUUCAUCACGUGAUAAAGGUUCGUUGACAACGAUAUUUAGUUAUAAUUUUCGUUGACGAAAGCAACACUAAUGUUCAAUGACUCAUACUUCUUGUGUCUGAACAUUUACAGAAAAAUGCGAUUGGCUGGUGGUUGUGCUAAUUAAAAGCGGCCACAGCAACUGUAAAAACUAUUUAAACUGUUCGGGCACUGUUAGACCCCGGGAGAAGUCGGUUAGUCACCAGAAGAGACGGACGGCAGCGCGUAAGUGUUUUAAUACUUGUUCUUAGUUCUGUUGUUUAAAUUAAUUACUUGCUGCUAGGAAAGAAUACUUCGUUUCCUACCUAUUUCUAUUCUGCUUUUUCGUUGUGGUUUAUAUUUUUGAUUGCACUUACUGGUCAUUAUAAUAACUGCCCCUUUAGCUUAAACUCCUUUCCUGCACUUAAGUGCGAAGUGUUAGUUUCAAUUUGAGCCAUUGCCCUGCGAUUGGCUGGUGGUUGUGUUAAUUAAAAGCGGCCCCAGCUUUUUUUCACUCUAGACUGUGUAUUUGUUUGAGCUACACACUUAAGUAUCUUUUUUUCCUUCCUCACACACUCUGCUUUCCUAUCCUCUUUCCUUCUACCUCUAUCAUGUGUCUCCAAAACAUUCCGGUUCUCUCCCAGCCACGCUCUAACAUCACUCGCAGACGGCAACGUAAUCCUGCUAACCUACGCCCUAUCUCUACAUCUUCCACUACACCUCUGGCUUUCUCUGUGGGUCUCUGGAAUUGUCAGUCAGCCGUCAACAAAGCUGACUUCAUUUCUGCCUUUUCUUUAAAAUCCACUCUCAGCAUCUUGGGCUUGACUGAGACCUGGAUUCGUCCAGAAGACUCAGCAACCCCAGCUGCUCUCUCUACUAAUUUAUCUUUCUCUCACACUUCAUGUCAAGUUGGCUGGGGUGGGGGUACUGGCCUGCUCGUUUCAAACAAUUGGAAAUACUCAACCCGCUCUACCCUAUGCAAUUACAACUCAUUUGAAUGUCAUGCCAUUACUGUAUCAGCUCCGAUAAAACUCCAGAUUGUGGUAAUCUACCGUCCCCCUGGACAAAUUCUAGCAACCUUCCUAGAGGAGCUGGACGGGUUGUUGUCCUCUUUCAUGGAAGAUGGCACUCCACUCUUAGUCUUUGGUGAUUUCAACAUUCACCUAGACAAGCCUUAUGCUACAGACUUCCACUCACUCCUAGCUUCAUUUGAUCUCAAUCGCCUUACCACUACUAGCACGCACAAAUCAGGCAACCAACUUGAUUUAAUUUACACACGCAAUUGUACUGCAGAUAACAUUCUGGUACAACCGCUACAUAUCUCGGACCAUUUCUUCAUUACAUUUACACUACAUUUUACUACCCGUGUGCCACCAACCCCCCUACCGGUUACUUUUAGAUGAAACCUACGCUCCCUUUCUCCUUCCCAUCUUUCCUCUGUAGUAUCCUCCUCUCUUCCCUCACCUACCCAUUUCUCAUCUCUGGAUGUAAACGCAGCUACUGAAACUUUAUGCUCUACCUUAACUUCUUGUCUAGAUGACAUUUGUCCUCUCUCCUCUAGGUCAGCACGGGCUGCCCCUUCUAACCCCUGGUUAUCUGAUGUUCUUCGUGAACAUCGGACUAAACUCAGAGCGGCAGAGAGAAAAUGGCGCAAAUCAAACAACCCGUCAGACCUGAGUAGGUAUCAGUCUCUGCUCUCAUCUUUCUCUGCUGAUGUCCACACUGCCAAAUCCUCACAUUUCCACAACAAGAUCAACAGCGCUCCAGACAUGCGUAAUCUCUUUAGAACAUUUAAUUCUCUCCUCUGUCCCCCUCCACCACCUCCCACCACUUCUAUUACAGCUAAUGACUUUGCAACUUUUUUUACAGACAAAACUAGAUCGAUCAGUAAUCAGUUCUCACCUCCACGCACACAGGACCCCCAACCAACCACAUCCACUGCUAAAACUCCCAUCUUCUCCUUCUGUCCCCUGACGGAGGCUGAAGUAUCCAAACUUCUCCUCUCCAACCAUCCUACAGCAUGUCCUCUUGACCCAAUCCCCUCACACCUUCUGCAAGCAAUCUCUCCAACUGAGACUGCGCUUCUCUCGGUCACUGAAGCCCUACGAAUUGCAAAAGCCCAUUCCAAAUCAUCAGUCCUCAUUCUGCUGGAUCUAUCUGCCACGUUUGACACUGUCAAUCAUCAGAUACUCCUCUCCACCCUCUCAUCACUGGGCAUCGCUGGAAUUCCACUUCGCUGGUUUGAAUCCUAUCUCACUGAUGAUCCAACGGUAGCUGCAAGGAUCUCAGGUUGCCUGGCGGACAUCUCGGCAUGGAUGAAAGAACAUCACCUUCAGCUCAACCUGGCAAAGACUGAGCUUCUUGUCUUUCCCGCCACUCCGACUCUACAGCAUGACAUCACGAUCCAGUUAGGUUCAUCAACAAUUACCCCAUCAACUUCGGUCAGAAAUCUUGGUGUAAUCUUUGAUGACCAGCUGACCUUCAAAGACCACAUUGCAAAGACUGCUCAAUCUUGCAGGUUUGCACUACACAACAUCAGAAAGAUCAGGCCCUUUCUGACAGAGCAUGCUGCACAACUUCUUGUCCAGGCCCUUGUCAUUUCUAGGCUGGACUACUGCAAUGCUCUUCUGGCUGGACUUCCAUCAAACACAGUCAAACCUCUACAAAUGAUUCAGAAUGCGGUGGCACGACUGGUCUUCAAGGAACCCAAAAGAGCCCAUGUCACACCUCUCUUUAUCUCAUUGCAUUGGCUACCAAUCGCAGCUCGCAUCAAGUUCAAGACACUGAUGCUUGCUUAUAGAACAACCACAGGCUCAGCACCCGCCUACAUGCACUCACUAUUAAGAAUCUACAUCCCCUCCAGAAGUCUGAGAUCUGCUAGUGAGCGACGCCUCGUGGUACCAUCACAAAGAGGCUCAAAAUCACUCUCCAGAACAUUCUCGGUCACCAUUCCUGGCUGGUGGAAUGAUCUUCCCACCCAUAUUUGGAGUGCUGGAUCCCUGUCAAUCUUCAAGCAACAGCUGAAAACUCAUCUCAUUUCGACACUACUUGACUUCACCCUACACAUAAAAAAAAAAAACUCUUUCUCCUUAUUUAUUCCUUCCCUUGCUAGCUUGUACUUAUUUAAACAAUGCCUGAGACUUGGUGUUACAAGCACUUCGUUUGUUGGAUUGCCUCUUCAAGAUGAAUCGCUUUAUGUAUUCCCCAAUUGUAAGUCGCUUUGGAUAAAAGCGUCUGCAAAAUGACUAAAUGUAAAUGUCUAAAUGUAAUUUUACUGAAAUUCUACAUUAUAUUUAAUUAAUUUUACACCAAACUUGAUUUUAUUCUUUGUUUUGAACUCAAUUUUGUUCUAUAAAUUUUAAAUGUAAGUUAUUAACUAGUUAUGUUGGCAUGAGAAAGUCAAAAUACUGUUGACUGUAUGAAAGAUGCUUGGGACAGUUGACUGAUCUGUCACUGCUCCCCGGGCCAUAGCUGGGGUUAGCCAGCUGCAGGUUGUACCCUGUUUGAAAUAAUUUAAUAUAUGUUUGUUCUAUAUAUUCAUUUGUGCUAUUUACACAAUGUUUACAUUUUUUUCAAGUUUGUAGGUGUCCAUUUACAGAAAUACUAACUAAAUAUAGAUUAAUUCUUGUUAAACUACAAAGUAGUUCAGUAAAGAGCUGAGUGAUUUUCUCUGAUUUAAUUUCUUGGAUUAACAUUAAGGAUACCAACAGCAGCUAAUAAAUUAGGCGUGAUCACUUUAAGAGACAAUACAUCCACUAUAAUACACAUCCGAUUUUUUUCUCAACUGUUUACGUUUACGUUUGCUCUCUAUGGCCGCAUUUACACUGCAUGGUUCAAGUGACUCAAUUCCGAUUUUUUCCUCCCAUGUGGCACAGAUCGGAUAUGGCCCAUGACCGUGUAAGCAGGAAAAAAAUCACAUGGAUUCCAAUAUUCUCCAAUCGGUUUCAGGCCUCAUUCAUAUGUAAAAAUAAAUCAGAUAUGAAUCGGAUGUGUGCAUUUGGGCAUAUAGAGGGGGCUCUACAGCGCCACCUAGAAAUUGGCCAAUUUUAGGGAACUCUGUAGCACUUUCAGCUACGGUCACCAAGCUUGAUAGAUCUCAUCAAGCUGGAAACGUUCACUUCACAGACAUUAGCUCCACUCAAAAGGAAGUCAGCCAUGUUGAACUGGUAAAAAGGAAGUGUCUCAUAUCUUCUGCACACAUUGUGUGAUUUACCUUAAACUUUACAUUGGACUGAUCACACUGAUGUAGCUAUUUUGCGCCAUGGAUGCAGCACCACCAACUAAAAGCAGUAAGUGUUGCUUUUACAGACUUUGAUCCAUUUACAUUUACACAGACAACAAAAACAGGUACAGUGGGGCAAAAAAGUAUUUAGUCAGCCACCAAUUGUGCAAGUUCUCCCACUUAAAAAGAUGAGAGAGGCCUGUAAUUUUCAUCAUAGGUAUACCUCAACUAUGAGAGACAAAAUGAGAAAAAAAAAAUCCAGAAAAUCACAUUGUAGGAUUUUUAAAGAAUUUAUUUGCAAUUAUGGUGGAAAAUAAGUAUUUGGUCAAUAACAAAAUUUCAUCUCAAUACUUUGCCAACAAAGGGUAUAUAACAAUGACAGAGGUCAAACGUUUUCUGUAAGUCUUCACAAGGUUUUCACACACUGUUGCUGGUGUUUUGGCCCAUUCCUCCAUGCAGAUCUCCUCUAGAGCAGUAAUGUUUUGAAGCUGUCGCUGGGCAACACGGACUUUCAACUCCCUUCAAAGAUUUUCGAUGGGGUUGAGAUCUGGAGACUGGCUAGGCCACUCCAGGACCUUGAAAUGCUUCUUACGAAGCCACUCCUUCGUUGCCCGGGCGGUGUGUUUGGGAUCAUUGUCAUGCUGAAAGACCCAGCCACGUUUCAUCUUCAAUGCCCUUGCUGAUGGAAGGAGGUUUUCACUCAAAAUCUCACGAUACAUGGCCCCAUUCAUUCUUUCGUUUACACGGAUCAGUCAUCCUGGUCCCUUUGCAGAAAAACAGCCCCAAAGCAUGAUGUUUCGAGGAGCCCCAGAUUGAGGGAGAUUAUCAGUAGUCUUGUAUGUCUUCCAUUUUCUAAUAAUUGCUCCCACAGUUGAUUUCUUCACACCAAGCUGCUUACCUAUUGCAGAUUCAGUCUUCCCAGCCUGGUGCAGGUCUACAAUUUUGUUUCUGGUGUCCUUUGACAGCUCUUUGGUCUUGGCCAUGGUUGAGUUUGGAGUUGGACUGUUUGAGGUUGUGGACAGGUGUCUUUUAUACUGAUAACGAGUUCAAACAGAUGCCAUUAAUACAGGAAACGAGUGGAGGACAGAGGAGCCUCUUAACCCUUUCGCACGUGAGUUUAAAAUAUUCUAGCUGAGCCCCCGGCGUGAGUUUUUUUAGGCGACUGUUAUUUUAGAAUUUAUAGCCUUAUUGUUUCCAUGGCGACGCGUCAUGCUUGUCAUGUGACACACCGCAGCCCUAAUAGCACUGUAUGACACAUGGAUUGCUUUUAUUUCGUUUUUCCUUUUUUUAAUAUUAAUAUUCACAAACAUACUCGCUAUAUUAUGAAAUAUCUGAUAUUCCGAUUCUGAAAUAUGUGCAAGUAAAUGUAUUUGGUUGUUUAAACACUUUUAUAAUGACCGUGUUAGUUGAUCUAUACCGGGUGAUGGGCGCCGCCAUGUUUGUUCGCGCUGAAUCCGAGCUGUGGGAUUUACAACACGUAAAUUCAUCCUCUCCUCCCGAAACACGUUAAAGUAAGUCUCCAGUAAACUGGGAGAAGAGCAGAGUCAACUUUAAAGUUAUCUACACAAUCUGUAUAUGAUAUCAAUAAAACAUGUCGUCAGAUUAUAUUUGUAAGGAUCAUUAUUGCUGCUUCCAUAGACAUCAGUGCACAUUUUACAAACUAUAAAUGUAUGGUUUUGCUAGUACUUAUGUGUAUUUAAAUGUCUGAAAUCUAAAAUAAGCAUUAUAUGGUUGAAAACACUGAGCAAGUGAUAAUAUGACAAGCGCUCGCGCGUCUGAUCUGGCUCCGCGCCAGAAAGCAGAUUUGAAUUCAGCAGUUGAUGACAUGACGCACUGAACGUUCUAAUCACACCGGUGUGAUCGUACGCUUCAGAGACCAGCCAAGACUGAUCACACCGGUGUGAUCGUACGCGUUAAAGGGUUAAAGAAGAAGUUACAGGUCUGUGAGAGCCAGAAAUCUUGCUUGUUUGUAGGUGACCAAAUACUUAUUUUACCGAGGAAUUUACCAAUUACCGUAUUGUCCCGAAUAUAAGACGACCCUGAUUAUAAGACGACCCCCCUUUUUCCAGAUGUACCUUUUGGAAAAAGGCUUUUUGAAAACCAAAUCUUGUUUUCCUCUCUCUGUAAAAAUUUUUUCUUAAAUUAUUUUCAAAUUGCAUAUUUUUCCUAUUUUAAUUUUUGUUUUGAAAGUAUGGUAAAUAUUGGUAAAAUGUACCAACAAUGACAUUGAAAAAUAUACACUUUUUGAUAUACCAUUGAAAUAACAGGUAGCCCAUCUGAAUUAGGAUAUAUAACAUUUAGGCUAUCCAUCUCAUUGGUAGUAGCCUACCAAAAUUUGUAUUAACAGUAGAAGUGAAAUCUUAUUGUAGUCUUCAAAUCUGGGUACUGUCUUAUGUUUUAAAAUCACUUACAGAGGAAGUUUGUUCCCAUCAGGCUAACAUGACAGUCAGGACUCGUGCCGCUGUAAGCUUUUCUUUUUCUUUUGUUUUCACUUGCGAUCUUUACAACACACAUACAUUACAUAUUUCAUGGCACACUCGUUUUAUGCGUUUUUGGCGCCAACUAUUGUUGUGGGUGUAUUACUGACAUGUCAAAGUCUAGACCCCGAAUAUAAGACGACCGCGUUUUUUCAUAUGUAUUUCCAAGAAAAAAAACUGUCUUAUAUUCGGGUCAAUACGGUAAUUCUUUAAAAAUCCUACAAUGUGAUUUUCUGCAUUUUUUUUCUCAUUUUGUCUCUCAUUUUGUCUCUCAUAGGUGAGGUAUACCUAUGAUGAAAAUUACAGGCCUCUCUCAUCUUUUUAAGUGGGAGAACUUGCACAAUUGGUGGCUGACUAAAUACUUUUUUGCUCCACUGUAAUAUUUUUGGCAUACAAGAGCUGCAUGAUAAAUCAUUAAAAGAUCAAAAUUUAAACAUCUACACAAUCUUAUUCUUAAUUAACAAAGAGUCAGUCAUCUAUAACACAUAUAAUCACAGUUUCCACUUUUCCACCACAAUGCUUCAAAAACACUGAUGCCAUGCCCCUUUUCAGCCCAUUGUACAGUUUGGCCAGUCUAUAGAUUGGAAUACAGUGCAAGGGCCCUUCGUCCCUGUUUUUUUUUUUAAUUUUCUUGAUCCCUUUUAAUUCAUUGUUAUUCUUUUAUUCAUUGCACAGCACUUCAACCUUGGCUGUGUUUAUAUGUCCCCUAUAAAUACAUUUUAUUAACUGACUGAUUGAGUGGCAGCCUCAGUUACCUAUCAAGUUUCUUGGUCUAUGUAUCUUUUGUCAAUACAUAAAAGUUAAUAAAACAUUAGACUAACAUUCUAACAGACAAACAGAAUUUAAA